UUUUAACAGUUCUUUGCCCUAUGCUGUGCCAGAAUGGUGGUAUAUGUAUAAAGAAGGACCAGUGUUUGUGCCCACCAAACUUCACAGGAAGCUUUUGCCAAAUUCCGGUACCCCAAGGGAAUGGGAUAGCUGCGUUUUCCAUAAGGAACAGCAGCGAAGGGCAGAAUUCCAGAACUAAAUCUGUGUACACUUUGCCUUUAUCCAACCAUCAGCCAGAAAAAGACGGCCCUGUUUCUGUUGUGAAUGUCCAUGUUGAACACCCUCCAGAAGCCUCGGUGAACAUCCACCAGGUGGAGAGAGUAGAUGGUCGUGAGGGCCAGUCAAAUACUGGAAGCAGGGCUGUUUCACCAAAUCAGGCAAUCAGAAUUCCUAUACACAGAGUACAGGCUCAAAGUAGCCCCAGAAUCAAUGGCUUCUCAGAAACAUCUGGUUAUGGGUACUGCUUCAGAAGACUAGACAAUGGACAGUGCGCUUCACCUUAUCCGGGCCUGAGGACUCAGGAAAUCUGCUGUCGGGGUUCUGGAGUAGCUUGGGGCGUUCAUGACUGUACACCCUGCCCUGGAUACCAAGAAGGGGCUGUAGUUGGCAUUUUUUCAGAAUCCCCCUGUCCUAAGGGCUAUACCAGAAGCAAUGGAACAUGUAUAGAUAUUGAUGAGUGUAAAGAUCCAUCCUUUUGUCAGUUUGGAAAUUGCGUCAACACUAGAGGGAGCUUUACCUGUGUGUGCAAAGAAGGGUAUCUUCUGGAUUCCUCAAGAAGCAGCUGUAUAUCCCAUCAUGUGAUCUCAGAAGUUAAGGGCCCCUGUUUCCGGAUUUUGCGGGAUGGUGGCUGCUCUCUCCCUAUCCUCCGCAACAUCACCAAACAGAUCUGCUGUUGCAGUCGUGUGGGCAAAGCUUGGGGCAAAGCAUGUGAAAGCUGUCCUCCCUUUGGUACAGAUGGUUUUAAGGAGACCUGCCCUGCUGGGCCUGGAUACCAUUAUUCUGCAUCAGACCUGAAAAUCAACCACCGUUAUGUGGGGCUUGAUCAGGCCAGGGUACCAGUACAGCGUCAUCCUGGAUCCAGGACGGCUGUGACCACUGCUACCCCACCCCAGAGGCCCGUCACAAGUCGUUUCAUUGUGGAUGACAGGAGGCCAGACAGAGAACAGACCAGACCACAAACUCCGGACCAAAGGAUAUCCGACACUAUACAGAUUUAUAGACCAGACAGGACACAAAUACAGAUAAACAGACCUUCAGUGACACUUGAAAGACUUUCUCCCACCUCUCCCCCAGAACGUGUGGACACUGAGGUGGAGGUACCUCCUCAGGAGUCGACUUGUGUGAGCUGAACCCACAGAUCUGUGGUCCUGGGCGCUGUGAGCCACGUCCUGCUAGCUACACCUGUGUAUGUAACAACGGUUAUUGGUUGAGCACACAGGGCACCCACUGUAUCGACAUGGAUGAAUGUCGGCAAAGGCCAAGUCCAUGUGCCAAUGGACGAUGCGAGAACACCGUGGGCAGUUACCGAUGUGCAUGUUCUGCAGGUUUCAGCACCAAUCCACAAGGCACAGAGUGUACAGACAUCGAUGAGUGUAAUAGCGGGCAACAACUCUGCACCAAUGGAAGGUGUGAGAACACGCCUGGCAGCUACCGGUGUGUCUGCCCAUCGGGUUUCAGCCUUAACGCACAGGGCAAGGCUUGUGUAGAUAUUGAUGAGUGCCGCCUGACUCCCAGACGCCUGUGCCUGAAUGGCCGAUGUGAGAACACACCUGGAAGUUACCGCUGCGUCUGUCUGGCAGGGUAUACUGCCAAUGCACAGGGCACCGACUGCCAAGACAUCGAUGAGUGUCGGCAAACACCACGUCCUUGUGGAUCCGGCAGAUGCUUAAAUACACCUGGCAGUUUCCGCUGCUCUUGUCCUGUUGGUUAUCGGCUGAACCCACAAGGCAGUGACUGCAUUGACAUAAAUGAGUGUGAGAAUCCUGGAGCCUGCGCUGGUCAAGAGUGUGUCAAUACACCAGGGUCGUUUCAAUGUCGCCAGUGCCGUCCUGGGUACAGACUCCAGAACAGGCGCUGUGUGGAUAUCAAUGAGUGUCAGACUGAAUCCACUUGUGGUCCAAAUGGCAAAUGUAUCAACACUGACGGCUCUUUCCAAUGCGAGUGUGUGCCAGGCUUCCGCUUGAACAGCGAUGGAACUCGGUGUACAGACAUUAACGAAUGCCUGGAAGGGGAAUACUGUUUUCCACGUGGUGAAUGCCAGAACACAGAAGGCUCUUAUAGAUGUGUGUGUGCAGAGGGCUUUGUCACCAGUCCUGAUGGAUCAUCAUGUGUUGACAAAGAUGAAUGUCUGCAGGGAACAUUUUGUCAAGGGGGCCGGUGCACCAAUACCAUUGGGUCAUUCCAAUGUGCUUGCCCUACAGGACUUCGAGCCACUGCGGACAAAGUCAACUGUGCAGAUAUUGAUGAAUGUCAGGAGAGAGGGUCAUCUAUCUGUGGAACUCAAACCUGUGAAAACACACUGGGAUCCUAUAAAUGUAUAGCAGCUUGUGAUGCUGGGUACAGAUUGACUUCUUCUGGUGACUGUGCGGAUAUUAAUGAGUGUGCCAAUUCAACUAUCUGCGGAGAAAAUGCCAUCUGUGAGAAUCUGAUUGGCUCUUACCGAUGUACAUGUAACUGGGGUCAUGAAAUGUCCAGUGAGGGACAAAACUGUGUGGAUAUAGAUGAGUGUUUGGAAUAUGGGGAUUCCAUCUGUGGAUCUAUGCGAUGCCAGAACACACCAGGAUCCUACAAGUGUGUAAGCGACUGUGAGCCUGGCUAUCAGCUGUCAUUAUCAGGGGACUGCACAGAUGUUAAUGAAUGUGAGACUCUACAGGGUGUGUGCGGGACAGCUCUAUGUGAAAACGUAGAAGGUUCCUUCCUUUGCAUCUGCCCAAACAGCGAUGAAGAGUUUGAUCCAAUGUUUGGAAAAUGUAUACGUACAACCAGUGCUGCACGGCCUGCCUUUCCAAGCCAUUCUGGAGCUUCCCGUGUGGACUUUGUACCAACCUCAGGCUUAAAGGAAUGUUACUUCAACCUAGAGGACCCCAAUGUGUGUGGGAAUGUGCUCUCCAGAAACGUCAGCCAGGCUGAAUGUUGCUGCACUGUAGGCAAAGGCUGGGGUCAGGGCUGCCAAAUUCAAAGAUGCCCCAGCAUGGAAUCAGCUGAAUACCGAAGACUGUGUCCAGAGGGAGUAGGCUUUGUUACAUUAGGACAAGAAUACAGAGAUGUUGAUGAAUGCAAGCUGUUUAGUCCAGAAAUAUGUAAAGGAGGUGUCUGUCUCAACAAGUCUCCACUAUUUGCCUGCUACUGCCCGAAUGGAUAUUACUAUGAUGUCCAUCGCAUGGAGUGUGUCGAUAAUGAUGAAUGCCAAGAGGAGGAGGUCUGUGAAGGAGGCAUCUGCGUAAACACAGUAGGAUCUUAUUUCUGUACAUGUACCCCUCCACUUGUUCUUGAUUCUUCCCAGAGGAGAUGUGUCACCAAUACCAGCCAGGCCAUAGAUAACAAUAUAGCACUGUGCUGGCAAGCAGUCGGUGCUGAUUUGGUGUGUAAGCGCCCCCUACUGGACAGACAGACUACAUACACUGAAUGCUGCUGUCUAUAUGGGGAAGCCUGGGGGAUGAGCUGUGCUCUGUGUCCAGCAAGGGACUCAGAUGAUUUUGAGGCCUUAUGCAACGUCCUGAGAUCUCCAGGAUAUGGUAGUCCGGGAUCUCCUCCAGUAGACCCUUAUGAAUAUGGGUCAGAAUACGGAGCAGGUUAUGGUGUCCCAUAUGGAGCUGAUUCAUUCCCUAAUCCCCCUCCUAGAGUGGUAAGACCAGGAUAUGAAGCUUACCCAGCACCCCCUGGAGUAGGAUUUGGCCAACGUCCUCCAUUACCUUAUGGUCCUCGGGAUCCAGUGUACAGCCUUCCUCCUUACGAAUCUCCAGACUUUGAGUCUGAUAUUUCCUAUCCAGACUCUGGUAUAGAUGAACAAAGACCACCGUUCCGAAGACAAGAAAAUCCGUAUGACCCACGUCUGCAACCAUCUCCACCGCGCUCCAGGCCCAGGAGUCCUUCCAGGGUAGGAUUGGAAGAUGGACGCAGACCUCAGCCAUGGCGUCCUGGAGGACGUGACCUAGACAGCUGGAGAGCAGGCCUGAGAGAGGCAUAUGAUGACCGCUAUGAACAAUUUGAAGGACUACAAGCUGAGGAGUGUGGAAUCCUCAAUGGCUGUGAAAAUGGCCGGUGUAUCCGAGUUCCUGAGGGCUACACCUGUGACUGUUAUGAUGGGUACAGGCUGGACAUGACAAGAAUGGCCUGUAUUGAUAUAAAUGAAUGUGAUGAAGCUGAGGAUCUUUCUCUAUUGUGCCUGAAUGGGCAGUGCCGUAACACCGAUGGCUCAUACGAGUGUACCUGUCCCCGUGGAUUUGUCCUGUCCCGACAGCACUACUGUGUCCCCUCCCAGGACUAA